AUGGAUCACGAGACCGAUCAGAAUCCUCCAGGAUUUGAUGAUGGUGAAACAGUCCCAAUCACUAGUAACCAGGAGACAGAACCAGUCCCAGCCGUAGACAAUUACCAAGAGCAAGACAACUUUUGGGACAAUGCAAUAUUCAACAAGGAACAACAAGAUGGUGAUGAUGAUCAUGUGAAGGAAAAUGACGACAAAAGCCAACUCCCGUCGAUUCCGCUUUUCUCUAAAGGCCAAGGCUUGCCGUAUGCGCCUAUCGACUACCCGAGCGCCGGUGAUGUAUGGGCUUGGAGAGUUGGGAGGAGAGUGACUGCCACUGGGGCUCAUAAAGACAGGUUUCUGAUUCUCCCUGAUAGGCUUAGGACCAAGAAUGCAGCCAAGUCUUUCGCUAGCAAAACCACUCUCUCUCGUUACCUCGAAACAAACUUCCCUGAUUUGGAUGUUAAUGCGUUCUUCGAAUCCUUCACCUGGAACAUCCCUGCUUUGAUUCAACCCGCGGAGAGAGUUGAUGCUGCAUCUUUGUUUGAAGAGACAUCAAAAGAUGAGAAUAAUGCUGAUGAUGGAUCAAGUUCACGUUACAGUCAGAGGAAGAGGAAACCAAUGCAGCAGACGCAGAGUUACGAACCUGUUGAAGAGAAACCGAAAGCAACUCAACGAGGUAGCUACAAGAGAAAGAAAGAGAAACAAGUCGCUGUUGCAACCACCAAACAGAAACCAUCUGAUGGCAGUGGAGUUGAUAUUGGUAAGAAAGCAUAUUUGGGAUCUGCUCAAGCUGGCAUUGGCAGGGACCAUGGAGGUGGCUCUAGUAGUAAAGAUUUAGGUUAUGAGAAGAGGAGGAAACCAUAUUUAGAUGGAUCAGGGACAGGGAACGUAGGUUUUGCUAAUCAAGGUUAUAGGUGUAAGGUGAGUGGAAACGAAAGUAAAACUCAUGCGUCAUUGUUGCAGAACAAGUAUAAGCGUGACAUGAAUUUUGAUGGACCGAUCAGGGUUCAGGGGAAAAAUGGUGUCCUCAAGGUGAUGCCGAAGAAGCUGAAUAAGAUGGGAGUGUUACUGCAAAGUUUCACUGAUGGGGAAGCUAAACAAACUCACUAUGGCUCAAAAGUGCAGGAGACUGGUAAAAUUCGUGUUGCUAUCCCGUCGUCGCCAACCACUGUAAAAACUGAAAACAUGGCGAAGCUGCUUCCUCCUGCUAGGAUACAGUCGAAUGGGUUGAAAAUGCCCACGAGCUUAACCAUGAAGAGUAAGAGUCACGACCAAGAUUCUGAAGAUAGUGAUACUUCCGGACGGCUGCAGAAGAGAGCCAUUCAAGCUCACAAGCUCUUGCACAUGUCAAGCACUGGAAGAGAAAUUUUUUUACCUGAAGCGCCAACACCUCAAAAAAUCAGAGAUGGAAAGAUUAGGCGUGGAUCAGGCACAGAAAAACAAAGAUUACGUGAGCGAAUAAGGGAAAUGUUACUGGAAGCAGGGUGGACAAUUGACUAUAGACCUAGAAGGAACAGAGAUUACCUAGAUGCAGUCUAUAUAAGCCCCAGGGGAACAGCAUUCUGGUCUAUUAUCAAGGCUUAUGAAGCACUUCUUAAGCAGGUAAAUAGUGGGGGAAAAGUGGCCAAGCCUUGUGAAGAUAGUUCCGCAAUUACUUUGAUCUCUGAUGAGAUACUCAGUCAGCUGACGCGGAAAACCAAAAAGUUUGAGAUAGAUAUGAAAAGGGAGGAGCAAUGUGCCAGUGAUAGUGAUGGACAAGCGACAUUUGCAAGAAAUUUCCCACCUAUUAGAAAUGUAGUUGGAAACGGUGACAGACAUGUUCAUAAAGAAAAGCGAAGCUCCUAUCCAGAGCUGGUUGGUAUAUCAAUAAAGAACGAAGUCAAUGACAGAGAUGAUUCACAGGGCGCUAUCGCAAAGGCUCCUCUUUUGGCGAAAACACCGAAUGGUUACAUGCUCCAACAUUUUAAUAACCCUGCCAACCCAAAGAUCCACUAUGAGACUACUGGACCUGAGAUAUGGAAAGGCACUGGUGGUAAAAUUGACAGCUUUGUCUCUGGGAUUGGUACUGGUGGUACCAUAACAGGUGCAGGAAAGUAUCUUAAGGAACAAAACCUGAGCGUAAAGCUGUAUGGAGUGGAGCCAGUUGAAAGUACUAUUCUCUCCGGUGGCAAGCCAGGCCCUCACAAAAUUCAAGGGAUAGGUGCUGGUUUUAUACCAAGUGUACUGGAUGUUGAUCUUAUAGAUGAAGUUGUUCAAGUUUCAAGUGAUGAAUCCAUCAACACGGCAAGACUUCUCGCUCUUAAAGAAGGUCUUCUUGUGGGAAUUUCAUCUGGUGCAGCAGCAGCCGCAGCAAUCAAACUUGCAAAGAGGCCAGAAAAUGCCGGGAAGCUUUUCGUGGCGGUGUUCCCAAGUUUCGGAGAGAGGUACCUGUCGACUGUACUAUUCGACGCGACAAGGAAAGAAGCGGAAGCCAUGACCUUCGAGGCUUGA